UGGUGUCGCAAGUGUGCUGAGAACGGCACCAUUGAGUGGAAAAUCAGACAAGAAAAAAACCCAGAUUCAAAAACCUAUGCAGUUUUUAGCCAUUGUCAAGCUCUACACAACUUUGCAGCAACAAAUCCCAAAACUAAGGCAUUAGACAGUUUCAAAUCUACCUUGUUACAGAAUCUUGAUUACAAAGAACGAUGCGACAUCUCUUAUCUCAUCGAUGCAAGAGAGAUCACCGCAAAAACCGAAUUUCUUGAAAGACCGUUAACAGAGAAAAACGGCUCAUUUGGAGCUCUGACAUUCUGUAGACUCGACGUCAUGGAAAACUUCAUCAGGGUGAGUUCUGAAGGUGAGUCAUUAGAAAUGCACAGAAAUCUGUACUCAAAAUCUGCGUGCAUUUGUUACACAUGGAGUAUUCUAAGAAAAAUUUACUAA